AAAAAUCCUAAUUAAAUAUGCAGAGAUAAAAAAGUACAGAGUUUAACACACAAACAAAAUACAAAGUAUUGUUACUCACAAUUCUAGUCAGCAGCUAGCGAGUCUCCGCGCUGCACAACAUAUAGUAUAUUUAUAGCAUACUUGCGAUUAACGUAGUUUUUAGUAAAUUAAAGUACAUAAGAUAUGAAUUAUGCGUGGAGCUAUUUUUUUGUGUUAAUAUGGCUGGCCUAUUUAGUUGCGUCUGGUGUACUGCUCUUCUCACGCGGAUUCCUACUUUCGCGUGUAUCAAAAACGGAUGUUAGCUCAUGUCGUCAACUAUCCCUAAAUGAAAGUGAUGAAUACUUUCUGAAUGAAGAAAUUGUGAACGAAAUUUUCAAAGAUGUUAACGCUACAUCCAAUUUGUGUCUACCACAAAAGUCGAAAGUGAUUAUAUUGGUUAUUGAUGCGCUUAAAUACGAAUUCGGCGUUUAUAAUGAAAAUUUAUCAAACCCACUGCCGUAUGAAAACAAGCUCACAAUAUUCAAUGACUUGCUACAGAGCGACCCCGACAGUGCGCGUCUUAUGCGCUUUAAAGCCGAUCCACCGACAACUACUUUGCAACGUCUUAAAGGACUCACAACCGGUAGCUUGCCAACAUUUGUUGAUAUGGGCUCGAACUUCGCCUCGCCAGAGAUAAACGAAGACAAUAUUAUUGAUCAAAUAGUGCAACACGGACUACCUGUAGUAUUUUUGGGAGAUAGCACCUGGACAGACUUGUAUCCGAGAAGAUUUAAGCGCAGUUAUUCCUAUCCCAGUUUUGAUAUUUUCGAUUUAGAUACAGUUGAUAAUAAAAUUCAGCAGAAUUUGCCGAAAGAAUUGGCUAAGAACGAUUGGCAGGUGUUGAUUGCACAUUUCUUAGGAGUUGAUCACUGCGGCCACAAACAUGGACCUUUACAUGAAGAAAUGGAACGUAAACUUAAUGAAAUGAAUGAGGUCAUCAAAUUUGUUGCAGCUAAAAUGGACAGCGGUACAACUUUGCUUGUAAUGGGUGAUCAUGGAAUGACGGCAUCCGGUGAUCAUGGCGGUGAAACUGAAGAUGAAACCACUGCAUUAAUAUUCGCCUACACUAAGGUUAAUAAAUUUGUCGGCAGCGAAUUUGGUUCGGAUAACACAACAAUGCAACAGAUCGACCUAGUGCCCACCUUAGCCACCAUACUGGGCGUUCCCAUACCUUAUUCGAAUUUAGGUAUUAUUAAUUUUAAUCUUGUACCUGAUGUUAAAGUACCGUAUAUGGCGAAGUUCCAGGCUCUACUGUUGCACGCAUGGCAAAACGCACACCAAAUGUAUUUGUACUUUUUCAAUUAUGCCUUGGAGAACAAACGUACCUUUAGCGUUGAUGAGUUGGAUAAUAUGCAUAACGAAUACAUCUUAUUUACACAUCGUGUGAAAACCGUGUACAAUGAGUUGGCCUUCAAGUCAGUUGUGCGUGAUUUAAAUGCCAAUAUGCGUCUCAUACUGAAUACUUGCCGUGAAAUUUGGGUGAAAUUCGACGCUGUGCAGAUGUCACAGGGACUUCUAUUCACAUUGUUACCGAUAUUCUUUGCCUUCAUGUUAAUCAACAACUUAAAUGCCCUAGAGCUAUAUCACACGUUCACGCUGAGAGGUAUCGGCUACACGUAUCUUAUUAAUAUUGCGGCGGGUUUCUUUGGUUAUCGCUAUUUUAAAAGUUUCUCUUUCAAAUCGGAGGAACAUGGCGUGAUUUUCUCAACGCACCUCAUCAGCACAUUGGUGUUAAUCUUUCACACAUUACAAAAUUGGCGUACCAUUGCAAGCAAUUCGUCAGCCGUAAGACGUUUUGGCAAUAUGCCAACACGUGUUAUAUUCAUUAUCACCAUUAGUGUAUUCUUCUCCAAUAGCUUUGUGAUAGAGGAACCGAAAAUACUCUCAUAUCUACUGGUCGCAUGCAUAUUGCUGUUAUCGUAUGAAGUGCUCCAGAAAUGUUUACGCAGCGAGUUUAAUAAACGCUUAAAAUGGUCACAAUUGCUACGCUCCAUUACCUUACGUCUGCUGUUGUUCAGCGUGUUGGCCAUUAUUUUCGUACGCUACACAUACACGCUGUUCCGUUGCCGUGAGGAGCAGGGCAACUGUGCUGACUUUUCGAAUAAUAAUGCUGGUGGUUUCUCACUCAAGCGGCCCGCCAGCGGCAAAACCUAUAUAUCAGCUGUGGUCAUUAUAGUGCUGUACUCAACACUCUGCCGUCUAUAUCUGCGGCACAGUGGUAGUUUAACUGGCGGCUCGCCGAAUGUGUGGCUCGCACGUUAUGGUCCUACAAUCGCUUCGAUUUGUGCUGGUGGACAUCUGCUGCUGGCGCAUAGUGCGGUCAAGAAUGUCAAGCGUGCACACAUCGAUGCCAUGGCACUGGUAAUAUAUGGACUUAUGCUUGUACAAAUUGUUGUGGUCUGCGUUUCGCCGUUGCUGACUUUCUAUGUGCUGCCUAGCUUUACUAUGCCCAUACAAAUUAAGCCGUGGGACAACAUCGUGCCGCAAAUUUUCAAGAAAAUCAAGCGCAUGUACGAUGACGCAGAAUCACGGAUGAAUCAAAUGGAUGUGAUGGUCUAUGGCCUGACCACGGUGUAUUCUUCGGCAACUAUUGUGUUUGGCUUGUUCCUGAGUAUGGUUCUGAUUGUACUGCUCGAAGCACACGCAACUAUUGGCAUGAUUUCCUGUGUAGCUAUCGCGGUGGUCAUUAUUUUGGUGCAUUCAACCUUGCGUUACCGUACCGCUGAAAAUUUUGAAAAUUGCAUACAACCCACCUUUACCGGCAUCAUCAGUUGGUUUUUACUAGCGCACUUUUGCUUCUUCGCCACAUCGCAUCAAACUACACUCUCGCAAAUAGAUUGGCGCGCCGCUUUCGUUGGUCGCACAAGCGGUUUGGGGAACUCGCAUUUGAUUUCUGGUACACUCGUUAUACUCAACACGUUCUGUGGACAGGUUUUCUUUUUCUCGAUGUACAACCUACUCAGCGUAUCCACGUUUGCUCUCUGCGCGCUUUUUCCGAAACUCAUAAAAAGUACGAGUGCUAACGGCAACACUACAAAUGGCAGCAAUGCGAACGCUUUGAACGAGGGUAUUGGUGUUGAUAUGAUGCGUGGUGAAUUUGUGCUUUUCGAAAAUGAAGGCACCUUCCUGGCCGGCUCGUUUAAGCUCGCUGUACAGUUUCUCAUACUGCAAGGCGUUAAGGUAUUCUGCGCCAUGAUUGCAUGCACUAUACACUGUCGUCAUUUGAUGGUUUGGAAGAUCUUUGCGCCGCGUUUCAUUUACGAAGGCAUUGGCACAUUUGUUAGCCUGACAGCUCUGGUUGUAGGCUAUUUUGUUAUAUUGCGGAUUAAUCGCGCUUUGGACCGUUUAAUUUUCAAAACGAAUAAAUUGAAAUUGGAGUAGUUUAAAUAUUUCGUUCAAUAUUUAGGCUCCAGAGUAGAAUUUUGAUUGUAGAUACUCGUGUUAUGAUUUUAUGUCUGCUGUGUGUACAGCAGUCUCGCUUUAGUCAGUGUUUUACAAACAUAAUUUAUUCGUGUUGUUUAAGUUGUUUAUGUACUAUGUUAUAUGUUUCAAAAUAGUAUUGACAUGUUGUCUGAAAAUAAUUUAUUUUAAAUGAAUCUACCAUACUGCAUUUGAUAUUUCAAUAAACGAAUUUUAAUUGAAAUUUAAAAUUGA